AGCCCUGGGAAACCAAAGAUCUGCCUGCCCCCUCACGCUGAUUCCUGAUUGGUCACUAAAGCUGUCUGUUUUGACUUGGUGAUCUGCGCAGGCGCAGAAACGCAGCGGGCCUGGGCAGUGUUGACGACGCGGAGCUACCCGAUCCGUCCAAAAUGGCAGAAGUGGAGGAGACACUGAAGCGACUUCAGAGCCAGAAGGGAGUGCAGGGAAUCAUCGUGGUGAACACAGAAGGCAUUCCUAUCAAGAGCACCAUGGACAACCCCACCACCACACAGUACGCCAACCUCAUGCACAACUUCAUCCUGAAGGCCCGGAGCACCGUGCGUGAAAUUGACCCCCAGAAUGACCUCACUUUCCUUCGAAUUCGCUCUAAGAAAAAUGAAAUUAUGGUUGCACCAGAUAAAGACUACUUCCUGAUUGUGAUCCAGAAUCCAACUGAAUAAGCCACUCUCUUGGCUCCACGCAUCAUUUCUUAAUUUAAUGCCCCCCAAGAAUAAUAGUGUUAAUCAUGUCAACCAACUGGCAGGUGGAAAUCACCUUAGAGCCCAUGCAGACCAAUCCAGUGACCAGUGUGGGCUGCAGCUCCACCCCACCCACCAAAGGCAUCCCUCUGCUGGCCAGUUCCCCUGAGUUCCCAGGAGGGCUCUUCCCUCAAGUCCAGGUUUCGGAACAAGAGCUUAUGAGAGGCCCACACCCUGCUUCCUCCUGACGUUCGGUUCACUUUGUUGUCCUUGGAAAAGGCUGCUUUUCUUUAACUAAAAAUAACUGAAACUUG